AUGCGCCUAAAAUCAAACACAGCUGUAUGCCCACGCAUAUACGGACAACCCAAAGCGCACAAACCCAACUUGCCACUGCGCCCGGUGGUCCCCAAUAUCACAGCACCGACAUAUCAACUUGCCAAGUUCAUAGGCAGUAUACUAAAAUCAUCAUUCCACAGUGAGUACAACACACCCGACAGUUUCCAGUUCACCGAGUAUAUACAACAGGCCACCCUUCCACCUGACUAUGUCCUAGUGUCGUUUGAUGUGGUCUCUCUGUACACAAACAUACCAACAGAGCUGGUCACCCAUGAUAUCAUCAUGGACUGGCGUAACAUUAAAGUUCACACCAACAUUAAUUUGGAUUUGUUUCUCGAGCUAGUCGAGUUUUGUAUUAAAAGCAGUUACUUCAGAUUCCGGGAAAAACACUACAAGCAAACGUUCGGCACAGCCAUGGGCAGCCCCCUAUCGCCCAUUCUAGCUGAUAUUAUUAUGGAAAACUUACUACAAACUUCAAUCAAACGACUUCCAUUCACCAUUCCGGUAAUCCGCAAAUAUGUUGACGAUCUAUUCUUGGCGCUCCCCAAAGACAAAGUACAACAAACUCUGGAUACUUUUAACGCAUACAAUCAACAUCUACAGUUUACAAAAGAAGAGGAGAUCGACAACAAACUUCCGUUCUUAGACACAGUAGUAACUCGACAUUCAGACCAAACACUAUCUACACGCUGGUACGCAAAACCGAUAGCAUCAAGCCGUCUUCUGAACUACCAUUCUUUCCACCCGCUAUCGAUGAAAAUGAACGUCGCUCAACAAUUCAUUAAAAGAGUGACUGGUCUCACCACGGAUAACUGCCCUAACUUGCAGCAAAAUAUAAUUUUUCAACAUCUCCGUAGGAACAAUUACCCAUCAUCACUCAUCAACAGACUUAUAUCCCGCAAUGCAAAAAUAUUCUGCCCCUCCAAUAACUCUCAACAACCGGAUAAAAAUAAAAAUGCAUCUAACACAAGAGAUCCACCCAACGAUAGCAGUCCGUCCACCGACCAGGUUUACAGAUCACUGCCAUACGUACCAUCACUCAGUACAUCUAUAGUAAGCAUUCUAAAAUCCGAUUACCCAAAUGUUAAAAUAGCAUCAAAACCAAUCAGCACCACAUCCAAACUAAUGCUGAACGUCAAAGACCCCGUAGAUCCUCUGUUGCAAUCUAAUGUCAUCUACAGUCUGCCUUGUGGGAACUGCCCAAUGUACUACAUAGGAAUGACACGGAAUCAGCUCAAAACAAGACUGUACGGCCACAAAACCAACAUAAACCAGUAUGUACGAUUAAAAACCGACGGCGCAAUCACCACCGACGAACAGCUGAUCAGUCUCGGUGAGAAAACCGCUCUCAUCGAACACAUGAUCAAAAACGACCACAAUUUUGAUCUCACCAAAGCUAAGAUCAUUGAUAAAACCUAUCGAUCGACGGCUCUACCAAUACUUGAAAUGUGCCACAUCUCAAACACCGCCAACACCGUCAACCAUCGCACCGAUGUAGAUGGUCUCAACACUACCUACGCCGGCAUCCUACACACACUGAAAACGACCAGCACUCGAAGAAAUAGAAACACAGAAACCAAUGAUGACAGUUGUUUUGGCUCACAAUUGCUAUCAAUCCCUCCAUACGCAAUCAGUGGGUCACCAUCUUCAAACCAGACGUUGGACCACUUCGUGCAUACAUAG